AUGGAUGAAGGAGAUAUGUGGAAUUCAGUUCCGAUCGAUGACAGUUGGAUAUAUGAAUCUCUUGGUUUUACGGGGAACGAGAGAGGUAACUGUGAAGUGUUGCGUCCGAAUGAGAAUCGAGAAGCAACUCAAAGUGUAAAAAACGAAACUUCCCUCAAGGAUACUAGGCCUCUCUCUUCUACAGAAAGGGCCCAGUUUAUUCAAAAUAUGUAUUCUCUGAUUCUGACAGCUCGGUUACAAAUCAAAGCUUUGGAAGCUGAGAAGACUCUUUUAGAAAACAAAUUGGAUGCGAAUUACCUCACGAGGUGUCCUAAGUGCUACCGUACUUUUGACGUUCGAAAGAAUUUGUUGAAGCCGGAUUAUGUUAGGGUAUUAAAAGCUCGUAAUACAAUCGAAUUGACCUUUGAUACCAUGGAUCACCUGAAGCAGUGGCUUCAGCUGAAUAGUCUAGAAAAUAAUAAAGAUGGUUUACCGGUUUUAAUAGAAACUGAUAAAAAUCAACGAACUUUGACGUCUACUAAAAGUUUACUGAUGAAUGCGAAAUCUGUUAAGCUUAGCAAAAAAUGA